AUGACCGACCAAAGCUUUGGGUUUUACAAACUUUGGGAACAUCUGCCAAUAGUGGGAAUUCUUUGUAAAGACAGACCUAGCUGCGCUCUGAAGCACCCUGCUAUAUCAACAGCACCUACAUCUUCUCCAACAUCACUUCUGAGCCCAACCAUGUAUUCCAAUCAAUCCUUGCCUCUUUCCUACUCUGCAUUGACAGGCUCAGAUCAUUUACAGUCCGGAGGUAUAUCAUCUCCAGCUUCGCGACGCAUACUUAAAAAGGACAAACGGCAACGACAGCAUCAAAGACAAACACUUCCGUCAAUCCAUGAGACUCUAGAAAAUGACAAUGAUUUAUCUUACCCUGCGCCGACUCUAGGGCUUUCAGACCCACUGAAUUUUUUCUCAAGUAUAUCAACUGGUCCUCUCAUGCAAGAAUUCGGUUAUCAGGUAACAAGGUCUAAGUCAGCAUCAAUCAACACUCAACACGCGAGAAACGCGUCGUUACAAUCACAUAAUUUCGGGAAAGCGCCUACUCAGAGUACGAAGACAGGCAUUACUUCAAUUUCUGGAUGCCAGGUUGAUUCUGUCUAUGAGUAUAGCGUGCCUAGCACGCCUCCUACCGGCAGUCUGGCUUUAUCUAAUGAUUAUAGUGCGUUCUCGCAACCAUUCUCCUUUCAGUCGUAUCUACAAAUAAAUAGGCCAGACUAUCCCUCAGCUUCCUAUGAUGCUAGACCCUAUGCGGGAGCGUUAUGGAAACCCGGUAUGGACAAUAUAAAAACAAAUCUUGCAGCCCGUCCUACUGUUGUAGGGCAACCACAAAGCGAUUCCAUCGAAUGUCACCUAGAUAUCAAUGAAGUUGAGACAUUUCUGCAUGAGAUUACCGCGAUAAGCACUAGGGUCUUGGAUUUUUCAAGGCAUUAUAUAACAAGAACACACCAAGAUCAGCAUCCUGGCCCUGUAUUGGGUCAUCUGCCCACGAUAUGUGAGAUUGAGAAGGUGUUUAACUUACAGUGUUGUAACCAAGACACUUUACUUCGUUUACAAAGAGCACUUUUAAAAAAGCAUGCUUUUACCGAGCAGAUGGCACGGAAGAAUGCUUUUAAAACAGGUGGGGCAUAUGAUGAUAUCCACAUGGCAAUAUACCAGGAGCGAUACAAGGGCAGUAGGGGAUUUGCUAGCGCGGAUUUGAGAGAGCAAAGAGACGCUGCCACUACCAGUCAUUGCCACGGUUGUGGCCGAACCAAAACACCGGAAUGGUGCCGUGGGCCUGAUGGCGCCCGUACUUUGUGUAAUGCCUGCGGCUUGCACUAUGCUAAAUUAACUCGAAAGGUGGCCGUGAACAAGGCAUCCCUUUGCUUCAACCCUCAAACCUAA